GGCCACCUGCCAUUUGCUGUAGUGGGCAGUACAGAGGAGGUGAUUGUGGGAAACAAAAUGGUGAAGGCUUGCCAGUACCCCUGGGGCAUAGUGCAAGGUGAGAGAGAGCGGGAGAGAGAGAGAGAGUGUGUGUGUUAGGGACCCUCUGUUUGGGGGAGAAGGAGAAGAUGGUACAAAUCAACUGUGCUGACUGUGUUCCAGUGGAGAAUGAGAGUCACAGUGACAUUGUGAAGCUGCGUGAGAUGCUGAUCUGUGUGAACAUGGAGGAUCUGAGGGAGCAGACUCACACACGUCACUAUGAACUGUACUGCCGCUGCAAGCUAGAGGAGAUGGGCUUCAGAGACACAGACCCUGUUGACUCUGACACUAGUGAAAUUGAAGUGUGUAUGACCUUUGAAAUGUGUCUUUGUGUGCGCAGCCUGCAGCUGACAUACGAGGCAAAGUUUCUUGGGGAACUUAAGUGGCGAGAGGAGAUGAGACAGCUGUUUGUCCAGAGAGUCAAAGAGAAGGAGGCUGAACUUAAAGACGCUGAGAGAGUGGUACAUGUCACGUGUGCCCUUGCACACACCUAACACACCACACACACAAAUACACAGAUAUUAUCAUGAUAUUAUGAUAAACAUUUUUAUUUUAUCUGAAGGCAUCCAUUGUGUUAAGUCUCUAACCUUUUUGCUGCUGUGUGGUGUGUGUGUGUGUGUGUGUGUAGCUGCAGGGAAGGUUUGAGCAGCUGAAGCGGUUGCAUGCGGAGGAGAGGGGUGCGUUGGAAGAGAAGAGGAGGACCAUAGUUCCUUUAGUAAGAGACAGGUUUGGUGGUAGUGGGUGUGGCCAAUGGCACGUUUUAGAGGAGGAGCUUGGCCAACUUUGCUGUUUUAAAGCAACAUUUCUGCAAUUCUACACAUUUUGCCAUGGGGCUGAGAGAAAUUGCAGUUUCAAAGCUAAUUUCCUGCAAUUCUACUUAUUUUGCCAUGGGGCUAAGGGACAAAUUGUCGUUUUAAAGCUAAUUUACUGCAAUUCACACACACUUAUGUUGUGUUAUGCUAUCUGAGUGACUCAAACAUAACAAAAUCAAUGGGGGCCCCAUGCCAUGACAUUUUUGGAAUUGUAGAUUGUCCCUGACUGUCUAGUUUUUAUUUUUGUGAUUGUUAGUUCUCAAAUAUGAUAUUUUUAAAACAUAUAUAUCUUGCUAAUAGCUGCUGCUAUUAUAACCUAGUUUGUGUUGUUUAAAGCUGCAAUAUGUAACUUUUUGGGGGACUCGACCAAAUUCACAUAGAAAUGUGUGUUAUAGAUCUGUCAUUCGCAUUGAAAGCAGGUCUAAGAAGCGUUAGAUCUGUUCUAUGUGCACUAUUUCUAUGUGUCCCGUUCUUAAGUUUAGUUUAGGAAUCUUUUACAUUCGGGUUUUGUACACCAGCUGAAAAUACAAUAUUUUUGGAUAUGGAAAAUAUAUUUCACAGCGGUUUAGAUGGUACAAUGAUUCUCUACAAUAUACUUGCUUGUUUUGUCACAAACUGAAAAUAGGCAAACUAUUAGAAUUUUAGCAACCAGGAAAUGGCGGAUCGAUUUCUGCAUAGUACGCAGAAUCAUCUGGAUAUGUGUGCAACAAAAGUUCAACAUUCACCUUCUGCUACCAUUUCUGUUAAGCCGUCUACGCAUACAGUUUGACGCAUAUGUUCGAUAAAUUCAACAUAUGCACCACACAGAACGCACUGCAACUGCCUCUGCAACGCAAUGCUGCAAGGCAAACGCAGCGUUCCAUUGGAAAUUAAUGUACUUCUGGUGUACCAAAAUGCAACGAAACCGUACACUGAACGGUUUACCACCCCGGUGCGCCGCUGUUAAAUGCAUAUAGGGAAACAUUGCUUUAUGAUGUCCAGUGCCAAAAGUCUGAAUGUUUGCAUUUCUCUGUUAUUUUAUACCUCCUUUCAGUGGCAUUUUGUUUUAUAUCCUCCAUUUUACAUCUCUAUUUUAUAUCUCCCACUCUGUUAACCUCUGUCACUAUAGGACACCAGCAGCCUCCUUGUUUUACCAAGGAAUUCCCUUAUUUUUACCUGCCUCACAAUCCACUGACACUGUUUCACUCCCACAACCAGUAAUCAGUAAAAAUGGAUUCAUUGGGUUGUAAUUUAUUUCCUAAUUGGAUGUGAGUUAUCUGUUAAUUUACAUUCGUUAUGUAUAUUAAUUGUCCUUCUUAGGGAGAGUUUAACCAAUGA